AUGCACUGGCAGGCCGCAUUCACCCCCAGCUCUGAUUCCACCCAUCAUCUUACCAUGACCAUGUCUAUGUGCUCUCCGUCAGUGGACUCCCUGUCGAUGGGCCCUCUGACAAGCGACCCUGUGCCAAUUGGUUCUCAGUCGACGCGCUCUCGGUCAAUAGACUCUCGGGCAUCAGAGUGCCCUACCCCAGACUUGUGUCAAAUCCAUCAAGGGUCCUCAGGAACAUCCCGGCUGCUGGUAAAGCUAUCAGACGUUGUCGCACAUGGACUUCCUGAGUUAUCACUGCUGCAACGGCACUCGCACACAUUCGAUCUGACAAUUCGGCUUGGAGGACGUUCCGAAACGCGUCGAGCCGCAGAGUUCCGCGAUGGCGUCUUCCGCUGGAACGAGCACGUCUACUUCACCGACGUCCACGGCAGCGCCGAUCUCGAACUCCAAGUCAUAUCCGAACACCACCACGACCACGGCCGCACGCAAAAGAGCACCAUGAGCGCCCUCCGGUUCGACCAGACCGGCGCACACGACGAGCACGGGUGCAUGCAGCACAGGACCCGGACGUGGCGCGCCGUCCUCCGCAGGCCGCUCCUCGGCGCCGCUUUCUACAGGCACAAGGGCAAAGGCAGGGGCGCCGAGAUCGAGUUCACGCUCGCGGUGACUACGCUCGGGAGCCGGGUGUGGCUGGAGCGCAGGUGCACGGGGAGCUCGCAGGGAAGUCGGCAGGGGAGCUUGGCGAGCCAGGCUUCGCGUCGGUGAUGUCAGAGGAGGCACUAGGGUGCCUUCUUUGCCAAUUUGCUUCGUUGUAUGGUAUUGUUGCUUCAGUUUUUAUC